CGACCUUGACCUUUGUAGCGAUACAUACCGAAAGGUUCCAAAUAUUUUUUGGAGCCAUCUGUCAAAAUUUAGAGCAAGCUGCAGAUGACUUUCAGGAACAGUCAGUAGCCUUAGGCAGACUGGCAUGAUGUGAAGACAGAUGGUCCAUUGAUAAUGAAGCAUCGUGCAACUGAAUGGUUUAUCUUUUGAAGUUCUUAAAUCAUGGCCUCUGUUUAUCUGGUCACAGUUGGAAUCAUUCAUUCAAGCCCUUAUGUCAGUUGAAACAGAAAUAUUACUUAACAGAGAAUGGAGUACCAUGGAAUGCUGAACCAACGCGUCUUGACCGCCAUGCAGAAAAGAGAUAUUGAGAAAGUCCAGCAACUGCUAUUGAUGCCAAAUUACGACCUUAACUAUGCUUCACAGAAACGAAUAACACCUUUGAUUCUUGCAUCCCAGUUGGGGUUAUUUACAGUGUGUAAGAAACUGGUGACCUUGAAGGUGGAUCUAGGUCUCAAUGACCUUGAUGGCAGGACGGCACUGCAUCAUUCUUGUUACCACGGGAACAAAGAUGUUGCGGACCUGCUUAUAAAAGCUGGGGCUAAUAUAAGUGUUGUAAGCAACGAAGGUGACACACCACUACACGAAGCAAUCAGCUCUGGUCACUUUGACACAGUUGAGCUGCUGAUACAAGCAGGAAGUGAUGUCAACCGUCCUAACCAUGUGACAGGAAGUGCUCCACUUGACCUUGCCGUGCUUCAUGAGAGGUCAGAGGUCACACGAUUACUGAUCAAGAAUGGGGCAAACGUCCACUAUAGGUCCCGGGCAAAAGAAACAGCUCUGCAUUACGCAGUUCAAGUUGCCUCCAUGGACAUCAUCCAACAACUGUUAGAUGCUGGUGCUGAUUUGAAUUCCCUGAACAACAUCGGAGAAUCACCGCUAACUGUUGCAAUUCAGGAACGCAAACUUUCGGUUGUGAAAUUUCUUGUUGAAACCGGUUGUAGGUUGGACCAUACAGAUUCUUUGUCGCCCAUGUAUAUAGCGUGUCGACAGAACAGUCAGGACAUCAUUUGUUUUCUCUUGUCAGAAGGUUUCAAUGUUAGUGCUGAUAGAUAUUUGAUGAGAUAUACAUAUCUACACUUAGUGGAAAGUAACCCUCAGUUGUUGGAGGCUAUAUUCCACCGAAUUGAAAAUCCAGCGUCAUUGAAGGAACACUGUAGAACUGUAAUAAGAAAAGCCUUGCGACCGAAUAUGAUGGGAAAAAUUACCAAAUUGAGUUUGCCAAAGUUAAUGAAAGUUUGGAUACAAACUGAUAACAUAUACAGUUAAAGCAUUGACAAAAAAAGAUUUUGGGCGAUUUUCAGCAUUUUAUUUUGCACCAAUCAUGUUAUAUGACAUCUUGUUAAUACAUGUAGUUAAUUGUUAGUGUGUUUGUAUUUCUGAAAGUCCCAACAAACCCGAGGGCAUUAACCUUUUAUACUUAUUCCUUUUAAUUUGUGUUUUUAUGUGUGCUCUUUUUAUAUAGAUUUUUGAGAGUUUAUUAUGAUAUUUGUUUCAUUAAUGAGUUUAUGUAAGAUUUGUUAGUACAUUUUCAUGAAAAUUAUGUAAAAAGUACAUGAUGUUUGUUAGCUAGUAUCUUCAGCUUUAGUAUUUUUGUCUUGACCAAAUAAGAGCCAGAUAUGGCAAAUAGGAAUUGAGGUGAAAUAGGCUCAGAAGUGACAGGUUAUGUAAAUAUGACCAGCAAUUGUUGCUUACAAAAGGAUAAAUUAUGCCAGGAAAAUGUUACUGAGUAAGGCACUUUAUAAUUAAUAAUUUAGAUGAAUUUGUUGAUAAUGUUCCAGUAAUAUAAUGAUGUUUUUUGUUCUAGUCAUUUGGAAUCAUUAGUUAAUUUCGUAUCAGUUAAUGCAUACAUACUCUUAAUAAUUUGAAUCAUGUUCUGAAUCAGUUAACGCAUACAUACUCUAAUAAUUUGAGCCGUGUUCUGUAUCAGUUAAUGCAUACAUACUUUAAUAAUUUGAGUCGUGUUCUGUAUCAGUUAAUGCAUACAUACUCUAAUAAUUUGAGUCAUGUUCUGUUUUAGUUAAUGCAUACAUACUCUAAUAAUUUGAGUCGUGUUCUGUAUCAGUUAAUGCAUACAUACUCUAAUAAUUUGAGUCGUGUUCUGUAUUAGUUAAUGCAUACAUACUCUAAUAAUUUGAGUCGUGUUCUGUAUUAGUUAAUGCAUACAUACUCUUAAUAAUUUGAGUCGUGUUCUGUAUCAGUUAAUGCAUACAUACUCUUAAUAAUUUGUGUUCUGAGAAAACUGGGCAUAGGCUCAUCGGGGAUGACAUUUUCCGCUGUUAUAACAUUUUUCGUUGAAAUGGACUCUCUUCUUUGAAAAAAUCCAAUUUAGGCGGAAAGUGUUGUCCCUGAUUAGCCUGUGCGGACUGCUAAUCUGGGACGACACUUUACGCACAUUAUGCCCAGUUUUCUCAGAAAACAACUCAGUUUUAGCUCGACUAUUAUAUAUGAAAUACAUAUAGUGGAGCUAUCCUACUCACCCCGGCGUCGGCGUUAGUGUUAGCGUGCAAAUGUUAAAGUUUUCGUACUACCCGAAUUAUUUUCAUUGUCCCUUGACAUAUUGCUUUCAUAUUUUGCAUAGUUGUUUACCAACAUGACCCCAAUCUAUAAACAAGAGCAGACAACUCUAUCAAGCAUUUUGUUAUAAUUAUGGCCCCUUUUCCACUUAGAAUAUGCAGCAAAUAUUAAAGUUUUCGUACUACCCCAUUUAUUUUCAUUGUCCCUUGACAUAUUGCUUUCAUAUUUUGCAUACUUGUUUACCAACAUCACCCCAACCUAUAAACAAGAGCAGACAACUCUAUCAAGCAUUUUGUCAUAAUUAUUGCCCCUUUUAUACUUUGAAUAAAAAUAUUAUUGAUAAAUCUAUGUUAAAGUUUGUGUACUACUCCAAAUAUUUCCUAUAUCCUUUGACAUAUUGCUUUUAUAUGUUGCAUACUUGUUUACCAACAUGACCCCAACCUAUAAACAAGAGAAGACCACUGUAUCAAGCAUUUUGACAUAAUUAUGGCCCCUUUUACACUUAGAUAAUUGAACAUUUUGCUUAAAUUGCCAUAACUUCUUUAUUUAUGAUCACAUUUUAUUAUUACUUUGACAAAACAACACUUACCUGAAUACCACAAUGGAUUCCACCCAAACAAUACCCCAUACCCCUACCCAGAAUUCCUUCCCCCCCCCCCCCCAACCUUC